UACACCCAUGAGUGUUCACUACUAAUACAAAUGAGACUGAAUCACAAGUUAGGCACUCAGACAAAUGUUUAUUGCUGAAAGUUGGGGUUAAGUGACUUUCUUUACAUCACAGAGAAACUCCAGAAGACAUGCAAGUAGAGUCCAGUUCUCUAAGGCAUUAUUCACUUAUCUAACCACAAGACUGAGCUAUCUGGCCUUGCAGCCUUGUUCAUCCCACACCUUUUUCAAUUAACAAUAAAGCAGUGCAGAGAUGGCAGAGGCAGCAGCAGCCUUUUUCCUGCCACUUUUCCUGCCUUUCCAGCAGUUCAGUUCUCUGCACUGAAUAAGCAGGAGGUCCCACGGCAGUGUAGUGCAGCAUGUCCUCUCUAAAGACUUUAUCAUAAAUGUAUAUGCACAGUGGGGCAGAUCAGUCACUGGAACACCGUGUUUUUGACAUCUUCAAACUUUGCUUGACUUCACAACCUUAGAACUAUUCACUUGAUAGAAGAUGGGUCAUACGGGUGGUUGCAGGUGGGUAGUGUAGUUUUGUACCACAAGGUUGUUAAUCUUUGGGGUUUUGGAGCAAAUUAACAUUUCUAAACAGAUUAUUCCAUAUAAUAUGACAUUUUCAUCUAUGUGAGACGGUUGAAAACCGUAUCUUCCUCCUUUAAAGUAUUAAAGCAAAUUACUGCAUUAAAACAUCACUGAAUUCAGUGUACAUCAUUAAUAUCAAGGCAUGCAGUGUUUUACUCAGUGAGUUUUGCACAACUUUGCUGACAGCAAAGAAAUGGAAAGACCAAGAAUUUUUCAAGUUGAAGAGCAGAAGGUACUGAGGGGACAUCAGGGAAAGUGAUACAAUGAUUCAAGCUUUAGCUCCUGCUCUGCUUAUGUGGAUUUGUCCACUAGAAGAUACUUGUCUGAUUCUUGGUCUUCUGCUGGUCCUAAACUCAGAAUUGAUUUGGGUUUGUCUUGCAGGGAAUGAUCUGUGAAAUGGAUCCGCUUCAAGAGCUUUAUUACUUCCAUCUCUUAUAUUGCACCUAAAUCUUCCAUUGCAGCUCUCUUCACCUGUAGAGCAGGUACCAAACCCGAGCCUAUUACAUUUUAUAGAACAAUGUAAUAAUUACAGUAUUUUUCAGCUGACUACCUUUAAGACCACCAUGGUAGUCUUAAAAAUUUAAUUAGAGAAAAAGUUGAAGGAUGGGGUAAAUGGGUCCUGUUUACCAGGACGUUGUGUUUAUGUGAGUGCCCUUCAUGUCUUUGUGCAGUCAGUGCCCUUCUGUGCUCGACUGCUUGCCAUUUUUUAUGUGACAAUACCAUGUUGUCUUUAGUUUGUUUCUUCUGUUGUCAUUUUCUACUUCUAUUUUCUCUAAAUAUUGCCUAAUCAGCUCCUGUUCUCAUUUUUUCUCCCAAGUUGUCCUGUGAUUUCCUCAGUGUUUUCCAUCUGUACAUUUUUGUAGUGCGUCUUGCAUUUUGAGGGUCAAAGAUGAGAUGCAGUAAUUUUUUUUGCACCACCUCCUACUCAGAAAAUUCCAAUUCUCUGUCUGGUCCUUGAUUCUUAUAUUGGACCCCAAUCCCAGAGUGCCUGAGUGGUUCUCCCCAACCAUUCUCCUAACGUAUCCUGUUGUCUUCUUACUCUUUUACUCCCUGUCUGGUUUCUAGCCUUUCCCUGCAUACUCUGCUUCCAGCUCAGACUUCUAGUCUUUUAUCCAGUUGCCAAUUUUCUACUGGUUCAACAUCAACAUCUUCCUUUCCAGCAAUAGUCUUUCUUGUAAGUCUUCAUCUCUGAAAUAGCUUUUCCUUGUAGCCGGUCCUUAUCCCUUCUGCCAUUCUUAUGUAUUUGGUGCCAGGAGUGGGGAAGAUGGUCUGAAGGAUAGGACUGUUGAAAAAUUCCCUGCUGGAAUUGUGGGAGAAACUCAACUUUGGUCUGAGCAGUGAAAGCUGUGACUACAAAGAAACCUAUUCUUGGCCUCAGUUAGACCAUGUCCAGUGUAUAAUCCUCAAGCAAUUAAGCUGUAGAGACUGCAAACUGCAUUUAUUUCUACGAGCUUUUAGCUUUCAGGAAUGGUAGAAGUUUUACCUUAGAAAAAAACCAAACCCUGUUAUCUCCUUUGCAGAUUUUUAGAUUCUUUUCCAGAGUAUUGAGUUAGUAGAGCUUCUAAAAGGAGUAAGAGUUCAUUGUGGCUAACACUGGAUUAAUCUGUGAUUUUUUUCUUAUAAACAGCGAUUUUUCUUUCACUGCCAGUUUUUAUGGACAUUGUGCAUGUGUGAAUACGUGUCCUUGAACUGAGACAUCUAGCAUGGAAGAGAUACUAUGGACUCAUGAAGGCCUGGCAAAGUUAUUAGCUUUGUAACAUAAAAUCUACUGAAGGAAAUCCCCAUAGUAUUGUGUGGUCAGGAAUCUAGUGGCUAGUUUGAUUGGCAUUUCAGAUUAUUAAGGGAUAUUGGAAGAGAAGUUUAAAAAACUUUUUUAUCAUUUGCAUUUUUGUUUAAAAAUAAUUUUGGAUUUAGAACAAUGAUGUGUUUCCCAAAGGAAAUAGUCCUGUUUGAAAUAUCAGUCUUUAGGUGAGUUUGUUAUUUCUGCUCAUACGUGCAAAAUUAAUUACAAAUUAUUUUGUCUUGGAAAGAGAGGUACAAGCACUGGGUUGUAAUCAAAUGACUCUGAAAUGUAAUCCCAAAUGUCAUUGAUUCCUCAGGUUUAGGGCAAGCCAGCUUGACUCUUACUGUUUGCACCUCCUGAAGUCUCUCAGAAGUGCCUUGGGAAGUGUUACUACAUAUUUUUCCAUCUUGGAGGCACACUGAUAUACAUUUACAUGUUAGCAUAGUAUUAAGUUUUUUAUUAGACUGAAAUAGCUUUGCAAGUGAAAGAUAAUGCUAUUUGAGUCAUAUUUCUUUAAAUAUUCCUGGGAUAUCUUAGGAGUGUGUGACAUAUAGAUCUUUCAUAGGCACCUAGACAUUUAACUGCUAUGUAAACAUCUGUUCUGAAAAUGUUAUGAAUUGAUUUAAUUAAGGAACUUUUUGAUUACUUCCUCUGCUCAGAAGAAAGAGAUGGUGCUGGCUCCGUGGAGCAGACUGAUGGCACCUGAGCAGAGUCACUGCAGAGGCUACAGCAGAGCACUGGCAUUGAGUUUGGGCUGUGACCCAUUCAAAGCCCCAGUCUCCUUUUACUGCAGUUCAGAUUUUUUAUUUGUCUCCCUCUGUUUCUUAAUUGUUCCUUAAAGCUAUAGAGUGCAACUUGAAUCAAAGUUGUCCUCUCUAAGCUGUGUUUUUGCAUUGUGACAGUACUUUUUACUGAGAAGGUUCAGAGCACUUAAGGGAAAACUUGCCUGUCGUUUCAUACGUGCUUACAUUGUGGAAGUUCAGGUGAGGAGAUGAUGGGUAAGACAGGACAGAUGGUUUAAAAAUCACCCCAACCUAACAGUAGCUGUUACAAAAAAAUGGGCAAACUCCUUGGUCCAAACUGCACAUACCCCUUUCCUAAUUGACUGUAGUUGGUGGGAUUCACUGAGCUGGCUUUCCUGCAGCUGGUGCAUGAGAAGCAGAGCGGGAGAGGGGAGGAAAGCUGAGCUCAUGGGCUUUGGCAGCAGCCUGCAGUUGGAUGGGUUAAGCCAUCCAUUAAAGCACACCCGGGCCAAGGUGCCAGUGCCCGGGUCACUGGAGCAUGCCCCUUUCUCCUCUCGUGUGUGCUUACGGUGCUGCAGCCCACAGUGCCCUGCAAAGGAGCGCUGAGUUACCUCGGGGAGUCUUUCAUAGUGCAGCUGCUUUCUUGCUGCACUGGGAGUAACCUAAUGCACUUAAUCGAUGCAUUUUCUCUAAAUCCGGCUCAUCAGAAACUGGUUAAACUAGUUUGUCAUUGGAAUGCUCCCCGUCCCCUCUCCUGGAUCCCGUCCCGAUUUCUGUAAAUCAUCACCUUCCUGAGGCUGCUGAAACUUUUCCUCAUAUCAGCGAGGCUGUGGUUUAUAUCUUGAAACCUAAGCCCUUGUUUUCUCAACCACAGAGAGAAAGCUUUAUUUGUGGGAGCUUUUCAAAGCCUUGUUAGCCACGUCUUUGAAGUUCCCAAGCCCUUCCUUUGGGAGGAGAGCCAUGCCUCUUGCUACUGUUUCUUCAUGGUGAAGCAAACCUCGCUGCCAGGCUGGGCUCCUGACUGCUUGGAGAGAAAUGAGUGGGCAUGAUUUCCUGAUGUUUCUCAUACCACUGUGUAUGCAUGGUUGCUGUUACUUAUUAUUUUCACUCCCAACUGAUUAACAGCAGAGCUCAGAAGAUGCACUAUGUUUGCCUACAUCACGGACUGCAAAGGAAGAGGCAGCUCAGGAAGCACCUGACUGCCUUGUGAAAUAUUUCAGUGUCGUGUGGUGUAAGGCAUCAAAGAAAAAGCACAAGAAGUGGGAAGGCGAUGCUAUUCUUAUUACAAAAGGAAAGUCAGUAAUAUUGAAAGAUAUGGAAGGCAAAGACAUUGGCAGAGGUACUGGAUAUAAAGCUAAAGAGCUAGACAGUCUUGAUGAAGGUCAAACACUGAUGGUUGGUGGAAAAGAAAUUGAAGUGAUGGGUGUAAUUUCAGCUGAUGAUUUCAGCAGUGGCAGAUGUUUUCAGGCUGGAAUAGGGUCUCAUGACACAGAUGCAACUGCAUUAUCUCAAACUAAUACAAAACUGUUCUGUAAACCAUUCAAAAAUGUCUGUCAACCAAGUACUAAAGACAAUAUGCUCAAAGGUUCUCAAAGCUGCAAACCUCGCCAUGAUCCAAAUGCUUCAAAUUCUCUGGUUAUGCCACGACCAAAUGCAAGUCAUCAGUGGAUGUUCAAUAAGGCUGGUUUACCUGUGGUGGAUGUAGUUGUAGAUCCUUACAUUGCAAGUAAUCUCCGCCCACAUCAGAAAGAAGGAAUUAUAUUUCUAUAUGAAUGUGUAAUGGGAAUGAGAGUUAGUGGCAGAUCUGGAGCUAUUCUUGCUGAUGAGAUGGGCUUAGGAAAAACCCUGCAGUGCAUUGCACUUGUCUGGACCCUUCUGCGUCAGGGGCCCUAUGGAUGCAAACCCAUACUGAAGCGAGCACUAGUAGUCACCCCUGGGAGUCUGGUGAAAAACUGGAAAAAAGAAUUUCAGAAAUGGUUGGGAAGUGAAAGGAUCAAAGUCUUUACAGUUGAUCAGGACCACAAAGUAGAAGAAUUCAUUGGUUCUCCACUUUAUUCAGUUAUGAUAAUCAGUUACGAGAUGCUGUUGCGAUCCUUGGAUCAAAUUCAGGCUGUAGAAUUUAACCUCCUAAUCUGUGAUGAAGGACAUCGUCUGAAAAACAGCACUAUUAAGACAACUACAGCCCUUACUAGUCUGUCUUGUGAGAGGAGAAUUAUCCUUACUGGUACUCCGAUCCAAAAUGAUUUGCAAGAAUUUUAUGCAUUAAUAGAAUUUGUGAAUCCAGGAAUACUCGGGUCUUUAUCCACAUACAGAAAGAUAUAUGAGGAACCAAUUGUCAGAUCUAGAGAACCUUCAUCAACACAGGAGGAAAAGGAAUUAGGAGAGAAAAGAGCAGCAGAACUCACACGCCUCACUGGACUCUUUAUUCUAAGAAGAACACAGGAGGUUAUAAACAAAUUUCUGCCUCCAAAAAAGGAGAGCAUAAUCUUCUGCCGACCAACAGCACUGCAACUUGAAUUGUAUCGAAAACUGCUUAGUUCUCAUGUUAUUACAUCCUGUCUACAAGGCAGGCUGGAAAAUAGUCCACACCUAAUAUGUAUAGGAGCUUUGAAAAAACUUUGCAAUCAUCCAUGUCUGCUGUUUAAAGCUAUAAAGGAAAAAAGCUGUGAUCCUAUGUCUGGGGAAUAUGAUGAGUCUAGCCUCUAUGAAGGUGUAAUAGAUGUCUUCCCACAAGACUAUACUUCAGACACUUUCUCUGAAACUGAUUCAGGAAAAUUGCAGGUGCUGGUGAAGUUGUUAGCAGCAAUCCAUGAGCUCAACUCUUCUGAAAGGGUUGUGUUGGUAUCCAAUUACACUCAAACAUUAAACGUACUACAAGACGUAUGCAAAUAUUAUGGAUACUCCUAUACCAGACUUGAUGGACAUACUCCUGUCUCCCAGAGGCAACAUAUUGUUGAUACUUUCAAUAGUAAAUGCAGCCCAGCUUUUAUCUUUUUGCUGAGUUCAAAGGCUGGUGGAGUGGGACUGAACCUGGUUGGAGCAUCUCAUUUGAUCCUGUAUGAUAUUGACUGGAAUCCAGCUACAGAUAUUCAGGCAAUGGCUAGAGUGUGGAGAGAUGGUCAGAAACAUACUGUCCAUAUCUACAGGCUGCUAACCACAGGCUCAAUAGAAGAAAAGAUUUAUCAAAGACAGAUCAGCAAACAAGACCUUUCUGGGGCAGUUGUAGACCUUUCCAAGACAUCUGAACACACACAUUUUUCUAUUGAGGAGCUUAAAAAUCUCUUUACUCUACAUGAAGAUUCCAGCUGUGUUACUCACGACUUGCUUGAGUGCGACUGUAUGGGAAAGAUUGACCAUCAAAAUACUUCCUCAGAAAAGGCUCCCAUAUCUAGAAGCUGCCAGCUUGAACAGAACCAUGGGAAGCCUAAUUCAAAGAAACCACUCUCCAUGUCACAGUUGAUGCAAUGGAAGCAUUUCUCCGGGCAGCAUCAGACUCUUGCUGAUCCUUUCCUUGAACGGAUAAAAGAGAAUGUUUCUUUCAUUUUCCAGAAUGUAACCAAUCCUACUUCCCCACCCAAUAGAACCUGAGUGUCUUUUUCUCCAUCCUUCUUGUCAUAGGUCUUGUGCAACUGAUUUGCAGUCACCUGUUGUUCUUUUUGCCCAGUUCUGUUUUGUGUUUCUCGUGACAUUACUGGGUAAAUGUGAUUCCUGUUGUUUAUACAAAGUUACAGUUAUUACUAAGUUAAUCUCACUCACUGUAAUUAUAAUACAGAUAUUUAAAACUAACUUUGCUUUCCAGUAUUCUCUUCCUUUGAUAUAAUAAUUAAUAAGAUUGUUUUUAUGCACAUUCCUACUUUAAGUCUACUUUGGUUUAUAGUUUUCAUUUGAUCACAAUGAUUUAUUGCUUGUAAAGCUGGCAACUCUUCAGCCAAAUUUUAUAAAUUAGUCAAUGCUACGUACAUGUAGAUGCUGUUAACAAGACUCUGGUUGAAUUUCUGUUAUAACAAUGUUAUGUGUCUGUAUAAAUGCAGCUUUAUUGCAAAGUAGAUGAUUUUUUCCAUUGAAUUUACAAUUUAAUGAAAUUUAUAGCAAUAGUCACUAAUGUCCAAAAAUCUGAGGGCAUGGCUUGAUACUGUGUCAAAAUAUUCUAAAAUUCUCCUAUUGCUUUUGCUUGGGAAAAUAAACUUUAUUUCUCAGA